AUGCGCCACCCGACGCUGGGCGGGGACGUAUCGCGAGGCCGUGAGAGGAGGCACAACACCAUGCGGGCGUGGAUGGCAGGGGGGUGCAAGGCUGCCCGUCGCAGAGAGGCCUUGCAGGUCCUCUGCGGGGGCGCGGCGCAGACCCAGGAGAGGGAGAAGGGGCUGGAAAAGAUUGGCAGGGAACGCGCAGAAGAGAGUGGGCGGAGAGGCCCGCUGCAGGGAAGCGGUGACGAAGCCCAGGGAGAGCGCCGCGUGGAUGACGACGCGGAGAUGCCGCCCAGCGGACUGCCCGCCAGGCGGCAGCAGGAGCGGCUCCGCUGUCGCCGCGGCUGGCAUGUGCCCAGCGGCCUCGGUGGACGGCGCGCGGCCGACCUCGGCGGCGACAUAUCCCUGCUCCAGAUCGACAACGACCUCGCGGAUCACGUGGAGGGCCUCUGGGAGGGCGAGCUGCUGGGUAUCUCCGAGGUGUGGGUGACGACCGAGCUGGAGAAGGAGGCGCUGCGCCGGGUCAGCCUGGCCGCGGCCACCGCCUUCAACGCGACCAUGGCCAGAGCGUCCCCGCCGCCCGUCGCGGCGCCCCGGUGGCUCCUGGGGGCCAGUGUGGCUCGAUAA